UAGCCCAUCUGUCAAAAUUCUUUCCCGUGCACGCUAUUUUGCGAUACACGUGUAUUAGCGUUUUUCGCUUCUAAAACUCAGCCAAAAUGGACAAACCCAACGUACUCGCCCGCGUCGUCAAGGUUUUGGGCCGCACCGGCUCCCAGGGACAGUGUACCCAGGUGAAGGUGGAGUUCAUCGGAGAGACCAGCCGUCAGAUCAUCAGGAACGUGAAGGGACCCGUGAGGGACGGAGACAUCCUGACCCUGCUCGAGUCUGAGCGUGAAGCCAGGAGGCUGAGAUAAAUGGUCAAGCUCGAUGUAACUUAGGUUUAAGAUUUGUGGAAGAACAUCAUCCAAAGUCAGUGUAUUUACUUUACUACAACAACCGUCAAAGUACUAUCUCCAUUUAACAAUAAACUACUUGUAAAACCAA